AUGAGAAAUAGCGAAGACAAAAAAAAAACAGGAAGGAAUAGUCAUGCGGCCUUUUCCAAAAUGUUCUUAAUUUUGUUCAUUGAUGAAUUAAUGUUUGCUGUUGAGAUAUUCGCUCUCUGCUUUCUUUUUUUUCCUUGGGUUUUAGGAAAAGCCAUCGUGAUUCUGUUGUGGGAAGUACUUCUGCGUUUCUUUUUUCUGGCAGUUUCUCUUGCACCUGCUGGGUAUUUAGGACCAUUUGGGGGGUAUGAAGACGAGUCUGGACCACCAGCUCAACCCGUCAUCAUCAAGACCGUCUUUGUUGCGUUGCCUUCUCCUGCGUCUUUUUCGGCAGUUGAUGUCAAUCCUUUCCCUCGUUCUUCUCCUGUUCCUCCUCCUGCUCGUCGUCCCACGACGAUUCUUGAGACGCUUCGUUGUUCUUUUCCUGGUUGUUCGUGCUUUCUUGGUGCGCCAUGUUUUAGUUUGGCUAAAGACCCAAUUAUUCUUUGUCCUUCUUCCGCUUCGCCUGUCCUUUUUGGCUGUGAGGCCAUAACGAAAGCUUGGCUUCUUGCCAAUUCUCCCUUGCCUUCUUCUUCGUCUGGUGCUGCUGGUUCUUUGGUGUUUGGCUCUCCUGCUGUCCCCUUUUUGGAGGAAAUGGAUGUUUGCUUGCCUUCCCCUUUGGUGUCUGUGGCACCUUGUGUGUCAAUUCCUGGCUCUGGCUCGGCUGUUUCUUCUGCUGCUGAGGUGUCUUCUUCUCUUUCUCCCGCUCGUGUGAUUGCGGCGCCUAAAGGCGUUCGUUCUCACCGAGUUAGGGAGGAUGCUGACCUGAAGACCCUCUCAGCCACCCCCAUGCAAAAAGGGGAUAAGGGAUUAAAACGUCUUUCUGGUUUUGGUGACAGACAAGAUGGAAAAUAA